UUUUGUUUAUUGCUCAGUUUGUUUUCGCUUCACGAGUGAAAACGAUUUAGGCCGUGAGUCACUACUACUAGCGGGUGGUUUCUGCAGUGGACUCGCGUAAAUUUUCAGAGUCAGAGUGAAAAUGCAUUCAAGAAAAAGUCGAUCGUAGUGAUAGUAAUAAUAAAUAAGCGAAUCACUGUUCCCCGAAAGUCGUCGGUAGGAUGUCUGGUGUUAAAAAAACUCCAGACUCUGUAACUGAGAUAGGAGCACUAAUUUGAGAAGUUUCUAAAUGUAGAACAAGCAUGUUGUGUCGAGCAGACAGAGUGUUGCGUCAGGCGCGUGGGUGGACGAAAAUUGCUUGUUUAUGUGCACAAGGUCCGUCUAGUUUACUAUUUCCCUCAUGAGUACAACUGAGGCCUUCCCUCAGGUCCUAAUAAAAGCAACUCGAGUUGAGGUCGAAGCCAGAGAUGUCACGAAGUCUUGUCCAGAAUUGAUACAUGCACGUUGUUUUACUGUGCUAGCGUUCCAAGUUUGCAAAGUUGUUAUUUACCAUGCAACGCUUUAUUCCAGAGCUAUGGACGGAUGGGAUUUGAGCAAAUCUCUGGGGACUGAAAGUUAAUUGCCUUUCAGUCGCAACAGUAUAGAUCUGGGUACGAGCGGCGUCUACGUAGUUAGAUGCGACUGGUACUUUACAUAGUCGACGGCGAAACUGACGGCGUCUCCAUCAGAAUCGAAGUCCAGGAGGGAGUAGUUGAGUAGAUCGAUGGACCAUGGAUCAGUGCGUGGUGCUACUUGUCAUGAAGCCACUCAUUUCACCGCUGCUCCUAGUUACUUUUACUCCUGCAGUUUACUGACUAGAUUGAGGGGGUACUGAUAAUGCGCACCAGGAUCUAUUUGUGAGCUGUUGGUCGCUACAUUCGACCUCCAGGCAACUCUGUAUCGGGUGCCGGGUUGAGUACUUGAUGUGGGUGGGUUGUAGCUUACUUCUCCAUUCUUAGUAGGAGGUUUGCCAAAAUGUCGACGAAGCUCAUAUUACGGUCGGAAUCGUGAGAAGGGUGCACACAAUAAGAGUACUGAAGCCGCAUUGUACUGUUUUUGGCAUCGCAUUGUCGGAUUGUGGUGUUCGUUCGUGGGCAGUGCUGGCUGCGCCAUCUUUACAUGUCUGAUCCUAACGCCGAAGUUGAAGUUUGUGUGGAAUUUGGCGAGCCUGUGAGUGGGAGGAGUCCGAUUUCUCGUACUUGCAGCAUUUGCCCACCAAUGCUAUGCAAUGUGUGAAUCUUUCUAGAAGUGUACCACCCCUCUCUAGCUUCUAUAAACCAUGGGCUUCUGGAGUAAAGCAUUAUCACUUUGCGUAGGUCAAACUCUAGCUACUUUUUCUAUUGUGGCCCGAGUCUGAUUGCUGCGGCGGCUGUCACAUUCGUAUAGCAUGUAGGAGAUUACAGACCUUCGAAUUAUGCUGAAGUUGCUCCAAAUUUCCCACACAGAGACCAGACAGUUCAGUGAACAACAGCAAGUUUUUGUUGCUACUUUCGAUCUACGGGAUUUAAGAGUAGAGAGUCCAUCUUGUCCACAGGACGGAGUGGUAGUUAGUGAAUUCUCCUGAGACAACGAGGGCUCUCUCAUGGAAAUUCAGCCAUUAUUCUAACUCUUGAGAACAUCUAGCAGGAGCAGUAGCGCAUGUUGGAUGAUUCCUAUUUCUAGAAUGCCUAUUUCCUCUCAGCGACAAUCCUCCGAUUCUGAAGACAGUUCCCACAUCAUAAUGAAGUCCCCGUUCAUAGACACCGCUACGACGCCCGGGAAGCUCUUCUCGGAUCCUUCCGAGUUUCCUCUGACGGGACGGCCAAGUCUAGCGGGAAGGUCCUCCUGGAGAAGCAACGGCACCAUGCGCCUCGCAUUUCUGCUCACUGUUCUGCAAUUCACCUUCGCCAUGUACGCCACCUUUUUGCUGUACUGGAUGAGUCCUAGCGUGCCUGAUUUAAAAAUGCAGCCGGACACGUCCUUCUGGACUGACCAGUUUGGGAAAAUCUUUCCGACAACGUCACACAAAGGCUCUCGAUUAGUCUUGGAGAAUCCUGGUUUGGAGGUUCAGCGCACCACUGUCUUUGAAGUACGGCAGCGGCCGAAGUCGGUGGUGUGCGAGUCAGAGGAGAUUGCAUUUCCGCAAAUGAAGUCGAACAACACCAAGAUGAUCGAAAUCAAGACUGGCCUGUUCAGGGAGAUCAUGGAGUUUCAACAGAAAAAGCGAGGGUGCGAGGAUUUAGCAGAGCUCAUGAGCAUGCCAUCGACCGGCCGCGAUGCUAAAGUUACAGUAAUUCUGAACCAUUUCCAACGGAAAACGUUGUGUGCCCAGCUGGACGCAUUGCUUGGUCAAACACUUCCCUUUCACGAAGUCUGGGUCGUGGCUUUCGGGAGCCCUCAGACAGACACUCUACGGACGAUCGUGGAAGCUUACAACGACACUCGGAUCAACAUCAUCGAGUCGAAAUAUGAUUACAGAUACUAUGGAAGGUUUCAGCUAGCUUUGCAGGCGAAUGGAGCGGAUUUUGUCUACUUGGUGGAUGAUGACAUGAUUCCCGGGAGAAAAGUGCUCGAAAUCUUUGCUCACAUUGCAGGAACUGACAAGUAUCGCAAUUCAGUGCUGGGUAGCAUUGGCCGAAUCCUGCCAUUUAGACAGAAGGAUUUCAGUUUUCCUAGUUACCGCAAGGCAGGGGCGAAAGAGGCAGGUCUUUACUUGCCGGACCCUGCCUACGACAUCGUCAUCGAUAGGAUCGUGAAGGUCGAUUUCUUGUCAAGCGGUUGGUUUCUGUCUGCGGAAUUGGUAAAAACCAUCUUCAUUGAGACACCCCCAACUUUCUCUACUGGCGAGGAUCUCCACCUCAGUUACCAGCUUCAAAAAUAUCAUGGUCACGGCUCUUACAUUGUCCCUAUUGACCCCAACGACGAGGAUACUUGGGGAGACAGGGAGCAUCGUCUCGCUCAAGUCAACGAGACCACUGUCAUUCACAAACAUGUUGUGGAGGUCCGGGACAAUCAAUGGUGGCGAACCUUCUCGAGGGGUUAUAUAACCCAGUGGGCGGAAAUGAAUCCUCAACGCUGCGACGCAUUUUUGUACGCGCACAGCAUCGGCGACGUUAAAGUAAUGGCGCCUUUGCUGCUGAAGUUCCGUAGUACAUUCGGAAGGAAGGCCUACUUAGUUGUUAGUGGAGGGCAGUUUAGCCCUUGUGAGAAAGCCGCUGAAGCUCUAGGUUGGAACCCAUCGCAAUGCAAAGAUCGCAGAUUCAAAGUGUUUGAUCUCGAGGUGGGUACUAUUCACAAGGGCUUCUCCGAAACACCAAUCGUUCAGGAAGUUUCUGCUUCAAUGCGUGGUUUGAUGAAGAUACACUCACCCUCUCUCCUGAUUACUGUCAGCAAUUUGCCGUCUGCCGUUGCGGAUGCCUUGAAAUUGGCCAGGAGCCAAGCAGGCACCAACACUACGCUUGUACAGAUUCCUCCGUCCUCGUUCAAACACUCGCUGUGGAUUGCGACAGUUCCACCUGCUUCACUCUCAUUUUGGAGAGAAAUGCGGAUUCAAAUUAACAUUAUUACCCAGAACAGAGCCGAUUCUCUUCAGCGCUUGCUGCAAUCUUUGACUAAUGCACACUACGUUGGAGACACAAUUGAUAUUUCCUUCAACAUGGACGUUGCUGUAGACAGCCGCACUCUUUACGUAAUUGAUUCGUUCAACUGGCCUCAUGGCCAGAAAAUUGUGAGGCGGCGCAUUAUCCGAGGAGGUCUUAUUAGAGCUGUCAGCGAGAGCUGGUAUCCUGCCUCAGACAACGAUUUUGGUUUGCUACUCGAGGACGAUAUUGAAGUCUCGCCGUAUUACUACAUGUGGCUCAAGUACGCCACCCUGCAAUAUUAUUACAACCCCAAUGUUCACCUUCCGGAACUCAACGCCAUUGCUCUUUAUACCCCACGCGUUGUUGAGGUUGUGAAGGAGAGGCCACAUUGGAAUGCUACCGAUUUCUUCAGCGCAGUUCAUCCGAACACACCAUACUUGCAUCAAUUGCCUUGCAGCUGGGGAGCCUUGUUCAUGCCUAAGAGGUGGCGUGAAUUCUAUAAGUACAUGGGCAUGCGUUUCACAGAGGAUGCUAAGGCCAACCCUGUCCAGAUUCCAAAGUCCCGGACUAACGGAUGGCAGGCAUCGUGGAAGAAGUUCCUGAUCGAUAUGAUGUACCUGCGGGGAUAUGUUACGUUGUACCCCAACUUUCCCAACCAGACAAGUUUCAGCACAAACCACAUGGAGCGCGGCGCCCACAUUGGUGCUGCCACUAAUAACCUCAAGCACGACCCGAUGGACUUCAUCGUCCCUCUCUUGCAGGAGGAUUUCUUCCCCUUGCUACCGAACUCGAAGUUGCCCCCAGCUUCAAAAUUGCCUGUCAUCAAUCUUUUCAACCAAGCUGCCUCCCUACGUGGUCUCAAAGCUGCAGGGGCAAAGCUUGGGCAAGACGUGUUAGAGUGCAAAGUGACUGAGGUUGUAAUGGCUGACGACAAGACUGGGGAGCCCCUAAAUUGUCGUACAUUUUAAUAUCUUGGAUAAUUCCAACAACCUUUAUCUCCACCCGACCCAGGAGCGCAGUUUUGACGUCGACAAUUUGUGGGCAAGUUCGUCGUUUUGACGCUGUAGCGUGCCUUCUCCUAUCGAUGUACAGCAUUGAAUUAACCUUCACACAUUGCUUCCCAACUACUAUUGAUAUUGACAUUUAUUUUCCAACGAAGACUAUAGGAUGUCAACAAGAAGAGUAAGAGAUCUCCGUCAGGGAGCUGUAGUGACUGAGGUGUCGAGGUGUGCGGCUUUGCUAGGUAUUCUUGCUAAAGAAGUCGCUAUUUCUUACACUCUCCGGAUGAGGUAGGGGACACUCCGGGAUAGAUCAACUCGGUGUUGCAGAAAGGGCUUGAUGCAUUGUAUUAGAUGAAAGUGCGGUGAUACACUCGCCUUCUUAAACCCUUCGCUUCAGUUGGAUCUGUGUUCACUCUCCAGUAAAGGCGACCGAUUCCUGAGUUA